CCAAGAAACAUGAACAUAUCCGAAUUCUUCAUGAUUUUUCUAUUUUUUGUGCUUGAUCUCAAGUUGAUUUUUGCGACAAGUGCCAAAGUUAGUGGAAGAGUUAAGAGAGUUGUAGCAUACCCUACAAAUAGUGCCACUGGAAUUCUUGUUGCCAUUGCCAUUCCACUGGAUCUACCCCAUAGGAAUGUCUUUGUGUCUUACAACUUUGAAGCUAAUUACAAUAUGCCAACGAGAGCAAGUGAUCUCGUUCCUGGUCCCCUCGUAAGGCUUGAUCUUAUCGAUCGUGCUUUAGGAAGGGACAAUGGUGGAGAAGACUUUAUCACCGUUACCGAACCCUACAACAAAACCUUGGCAAAAGAGCAUGAAAGCGAACGCCUAAUAAACGAGGAUCAAGAAACAAUCCAGACAACGACUGAAUCUGAUGAGAUCACCACAGCCAUCCCUAAAGUCACAAGAAGCCCACACAAAAGGUACACCAGUGACUCUCUGCUCACCAGGAAAAAAGUCUACAAGAUGCUGGAGAGUAAAUUGCAAAAUUAUGGACAUCCUGGAAGGCCUUGUCUUCUGCGAGCAAUUUGUGAUGAAGCUGCAGACCCAAUAAAUGAGCACAAUGGAGUUCUUGGAGAUGUAAUUCACAUCAUCCUUACACCUUCAACUUCGGUUCGAGAGGAUCUAAAUCCAGAAUACUACAAAGCUGAAGAAUUGGGACACUCUGGAGAUUGUUCAAAGUACAAAAAAUACUGCCCUCAAUCUCUUAUCGACCUUAUAAGUAAAGUAGUUCAGCUUUGA